GCAAAGCUUCUCGGCCGGAGAGGGAUUACAGACACACAGGAACGUUUCUCACAAUCGCCGGCUCUACGCAAGAACUACAAGAGAAACAUUCCCCAAGCUUUGCUUACCUCUGAAAGGUAGAUUUAUAAAACUGAAUGACCGUGGUACAUUUAAUACAUGUUUAAUUUAUUUGCUACAUAAUAAGACGUAAUAGCCUCUCUUGUACCACUACAACAAAGGACCCUAGGAGAGAAUUUUGUGAAUUUCGGAUGUUUAUAUUUUUGUAGUUUCACGCAUAAUUUAUCUACAACUUUAACAGUAUUUAUUAUACUAAAGUGCAUAUUGUCUGUAUCAUUUGCAGUUUUUUAGAGAUAUAACGUUACGUAUUAAUUUUGACGGUUAAUUCGGUCUGCUAUAAAUUAUAGACGCGAUUUGCCUAAUAAAAGAGUUUCUUUUGCGUCAUUUUCGCGGGUUUUUGUGCAUUUCGUGCGCAAAAUGAUGCGGAUACCCAGAGGGAUUUCUCCUGCUUCUGGAAGAGGCGCAGUAUCUGGACUCUCGUGCCCACAGAAGAAAAUGUUUUCCGCGGUGAGGACGGAUUUUUUCAACACGGGACUCUCAAGCCCGCCGAUGAAUUCGGUACCGGCUGGAUACUUCACUCAAAUCGGUAACACGACAGUUGUGGAGCAGAGACCCAACUGUUUGUACGCGACCCCCCACGGGCCGGAGCCUAAGCCGGUGCGGACCUCUUCCGGGCGGCUGCCGGCCAAAAGAAGACUAGAUCUAGAAGAGCCACUUUAUCUCCCAGAAUUCCGCACACCAAAAGGGAAAGGAAACUCUGCAUGUGCAAGGGCACCAAGCCCCAAAACUCCCAAGUCUCCAGGGGAGCGCACCCGCUACGACACUUCCCUUGGCCUGCUGACUAAGAAAUUUGUGGGCUUGCUGAGCGAAUCGGCUGAUGGGGUAUUGGAUCUCAACUGGGCCACAGAAGUUCUAGAGGUUCAGAAAAGACGCAUCUACGACAUCACAAAUGUUUUAGAGGGAGUGCAACUCAUCCGCAAGAAAUCCAAAAACAACAUCCAGUGGCUGGUCAGUGGUGUGUUUGAGGGCUCAUCCAGUAAUUCAGACAAGACCAGCGCCCUUAAGAAAGAGCUUUCUGAGCUGGACAGGCAGGAGAAAGCUCUGGACGACCUCAUUCAGUCCAGCUCAACACGGCUACGGGAACUGACAGAGAACAAGGACAACCAAAGAUUAGGAUAUGUGACCUAUCAUGACAUUCGCACCAUAAACAGCUUGAAGGAUCAAACUGUGAUUGCUGUGAAAGCACCAUCUGAAACCAAACUGGAAGUUCCAGAAGCAUCUGAGGGCUCGUUGCAGAUUUACUUGAAAAGCAAGAAUGGCCCAAUUGAGGUGUACUUGUGUCCUGAAGAAUGUUUGGAGGACGCUAGUCCCGUCAAGAAUGCCACACCCAGGAAAGAUUACCCACAAACCCCCAACGCCACCACACCCGCUGUCUUCCCACCUGCCAAACCCCAGCCAGUCGAAGGUUUGUCAUCAAAGCCUCAGCCUUCGAUAACUGGCACCAGCGGCAGCACCACCCUGCUCGAUGUAGAGGGUAUUCUGGAUCUUCCUCCCAGCCUCCUCCAGAUCACCGAAGACCAAUUGCCUGGGAUGGCAUUCGCAUCCGACCCUUCUGGUCCUUUUGUUAACUUUUCUCCUCAGCUCAGCCAUGAAGACUACCUCUGGGGUCUGGAGGAUGGAGAAGGCGUAUCUGACUUCUUUGACACAUACGACCUGGGAGAUCUGCUUAAAACAUGAGCCAUGUGAUGUAAUUAGUUAAAUUCAGACUUCGAUCCUCUGAAGUUUUAAAACACUCCUUAACACAAUAACAGAUUGAAGUUUGUAUAAAAUGCACUACUGAAUUGGCUCAAUCAGUUCUGUUCCUGAAAAGACAGAGUAGAUUUGGUAUAGAAUUGUGUCUUAAUAUUUAACUACUGUAGUGAUUAGACCGGAUGAUAUUUUGUCAACAAGCGCCCUCUAGAGUUAGUUAAGGUUUAGUACACUAUAAAGCCAUACUUUUUAUUUCUGUCAGCCAUAUUACCUAAAUAAGGUAUUUUUGCAUAGUUUAGAUAUUUUUGACAAAACAAAAACUGAUUUUUCACGUACUUCUUAAUUUUAAGUUAAAUGUUUGCCCAUUGGCAAUGUUUUUGGUCAUUGUUACUUGAAUAUUGAUGCUAAAAUCAGGCCCAUGUAUUUGCCUUUUUAGAUAUAAGGUAGAACUUGCUGUUUUUUAGUCAUUCUUAAAUGAGAUGUAUGGAACUCAGGAAAUUUUAAAGCUUUUCUAAAGCUUUAAUUAUUGUAGUACUGCCAAACAUUACCAGUAGAGGGCUGUGUGACCAUUUUUAGCUGUCGGCAAACAAAGGUGCUUUUGGAGAUAUGUAGAGAAAUGAAUUGUUAUAAAGAUUUAAGAGCAUGUAUCCUGAAAAGAUCUGUAAAGCUCCUAAAACAGUAAUUCACGUCAUUUCAGUUUAGGAUAAAAGUGCUCAUUUUAAGAAAUAGGUGCUUGUCUGUUCAUUCUACCUCCAUCUAUUAGUGUUAGACGCCGUGAGGUAAUACCUUGAUCUUGUAAAAGUGGCCUUUCCCAUGGCACUGAAUAAUAAUGUAGUGCCACCUGGCUCAAGAAACAAGGUUUUACCGCUGACGCGUCUGUUUAUGAGAAACCUCAGGGAAUGUCCAGAUUUGGCAGCUGAUUUGUGUUUUCAAAUGAUUAAUUCAAAGUGAUAAAUUGGUGGGGGUUUUUCUAGUCUGUUUGAUGUCUGUAGAAUCAUUUUUUUCCUGAAAUUACAGUAAUUGAGUUCUCAGGGUUGUCUACUCCACUUUGAGUAGUUUAGAGCCUUUUAAUGGGAUCUGGCAGAAACCUUUGAUACUGUUUGAACACUGAACUGCUGAGAAUACAAAGUGAACUUUGUUUCCAGGGUUGGUUGGUUUUUUUUUUUUCCUAUUUGGAGUUGGGAUUCUUGCCCCACCUGAAUGGUAGGUUUUAUAGCUGCAGAGACAAAGCAGAAUUUAACUGUUUUAAUCUGGUGUGUGUAGAAAUACACACACACACUGAAAACACCCAUCUUAAAUGCAGAGCACAUAUGGGUUGGGAUUCAAUAUGGAAAAGCUUGAUUUUUACAACUAGUUUCCCACACCCAGUUCUGCACUGAAAAUAAUUCUUCUGAAGCAAACAUUUCUCAGUCAAACUGACCAAAAACUUAUUUUAGCAGCGUUCUGGAAUCCUGAAAAGGUUGAUUUAGCAUUUGUUAAGGGGUUGGUGGGUUUAAGUGCAGUUGUUAAUCAGAUUUAACUAACUUAAACAUGCCUUUGGAAGUGUGUAUAAAAGUUUUACCUUGGGUUUGCUUCAUGCAACUGUCCUGUCCUAACAAACUUGAAAUAUGUGCGUAUGUAUAUGCAUGAGUGUGCUGAAGUGUGUACUACUUUUUGGCAGUUUUGUGCAUUUGAUUUGUAGUUUAGAGUGUUUUUUUUUUUUUUUCUUAACGUUUGGGAUGUUUUUAAAUAAGCAUUAUGUUUUUAAAUUGUACAGAAUGAUCAUUUUGUAUUUAUAGGUUUUGUAUUUGAAGGAAAUUGGUAAUUGUCUCAGGAUGUGUCAUUUUUAUAGACCGUCUGUUUAACAGGCAGCACUUAAUAUUUGAUAUUGUGGUGUUUAA